GGUUGACUGGGGCUUCAUGCUCGUGUUUGCACGGGGCUGGGGCUGGGGCUCGAGCGCCACCGCCGCUUGAUGGCUCGUGUUGUUAGUAAAGAGAAAGGUCCGGGCAGGUCCGUGGGACGGUGCGCGCUGGCUGGCAUUCCCGUGCCCCAAUCAGGAGUAACCUCGUCGGGUGUCUGCGGACACUAUUGGCUGGUGAGAAAAGAUGCUGUGCGCAAAACCAACCCCGCUCCCCUCACUCGCUUUACAGGAGUGGAGCAGAGAGGAUCAUCCGCUUUCCUUGCUGCUCAGCCGCACUGAUUAUAGAGCGAGAGAGAAAAAACGGGAGAGAAAGUACAAUUUGUCGUUUAUUUACGUGUUGGCUAACCGUGUUCAAGUUCAGGAUUUUAUUCGAAUGGUGUUUUCUGGAGUUAUGCAUUCGUGAAGUAAUGUUUUUAUAUUUUGUAUUGCACUUAGUUGGGACUUGAUACGUGUGAGGAUUCCAUCUGUGGCUGAGGAUUGUAUUAUGGUCUACACGUCUUGCCUCCCUCUGCCUGCUGCGAUGUUGGCGCUUCGGCCAAAAUUCACAAACCUGGACUGAAUAUACACUUUUUUUUUGCUGAAAGAAGCGAGGAUCAAAUGGCCGUGAUUCUCACGACUGAAACACAGGAAUGCUUUUCGGUUGACACGACGACGCGCAGAGGGAAAGAAGGAAUAGCUGAUUGGGGUUUGGGUAGCAGCCGUAGUUUUAUUUUCAUUAUUGCAGCUUUUGAUUCUGCCUUAUUCCUGCGAACCGAAGCUGGGAUGGGAAAUGCUUAGUUCAAGUAAGAAAUCGGAGUAAUAGCCCCGACAUAUAUCCAAGUGCACUUGAGAGAGGAAGAGUGAGAGGAGUGGAAAUGAUUUUGUUAUUACCGCUCCUUCUCUCGGUCUUGCUGGAUGGAGCGGUGUGCCAGCUGCGCUUCUCUGUACCAGAGGAGCAAGAACACGGGACCGUCAUUGGGAAUAUCGCGGAGGAUUUGGGGUUGGACAUCACCAAACUUUCCGCCCGCCGCUUCCAGACUGUUGCCAGCUCGCGGAACCCUUACUUGGACGUGAACCUGGAGAACGGGAAUCUUUAUGUUAAGGAGAAAAUAGACCGGGAGGAGAUAUGCAGGCAGACAGUACCGUGCAACCUGCACCUCGAGGUGUUUCUGGAGAACCCGCUCGAGCUUUUCCGCGUGGAGAUCGAGGUGAUGGAUAUCAACGACAAUCCCCCCACUUUCCCCGAGACAGACAUCACUGUAGAAAUAACGGAAAGUGCCACCCCAGGUACCCGGUUCCCGGUGGAGAAUGCUUUCGACCCAGACGUCGGGACUAACGCGCUCAGCACCUACGCCAUAACGAACAAUAACUACUUUUACCUGGAUGUUCAGACACAGAGCGACGGGAACAAGUUUGCGGAGCUCGUGCUGGAAAAGCCGCUCGACCGGGAGCAGCAGGCGGUGCAUCGGUACGUACUCACGGCAGUGGACGGAGGCGUGCCACAACGGACUGGCACCGCGCUCCUGGUCGUUAAAGUCUUGGAUUCCAACGAUAACGCACCCAUCUUUGACCAGUCGGUGUACACGGUGAGCCUACGGGAGAAUUCACCGGUGGGCACGCUGGUUAUUCAGCUAAACGCCACUGAUAUAGAUGAAGGGCAGAACGGAGAGAUAGUGUAUUCAUUCAGUAACCACAACCCGGCGAGGGUAAAGGAUCUUUUUAAAAUCGAUGCCAGGACGGGGAGAAUAGAGGUGGCUGGGGAAGUGGACUAUGAGGAGAGUAGUACUCACCAGAUAUAUGUCCAGGCUAAAGACCUGGGAGCGAACGCAGUGCCCGCGCAUUGCAAAGUCAUGGUCAAACUGGUCGACGUUAACGACAACACACCGGAGAUCAGUUUCAGCACGGUGACCGAGUCUGUGAGCGAACAGGACGCCCCGGGCACCGUCAUAGCCCUCUUCAGCGUCACCGACCGGGACUCGGGCGACAACGGGCUGGUGAGCUGCGAGAUUUUGGGUGACGUUCCUUUCAAACUCAAAUCGUCAUUUAAAAACUACUACACCAUAGUAACGGAUGGACUAUUAGACAGAGAACACGCAGACUCAUACACAAUCACCGUUGUAGCCAAAGACCAGGGGCUCCCCUCCCUCGCCACGAGCAAAUCCAUCAAGGUGCAUGUUUCCGACGAGAACGAUAAUGCACCCCGCUUUACGCAGCCAGUUUACGACGUGUAUGUGACGGAGAAUAAUGUGCCAGGUGCUUUUAUUCACGCGGUGAGCGCCGCGGACCCUGACGUCGGUCCGAACGCCCUCAUUACCUACUCCAUAUUGGAGUGUGCCAUCCAGGGCAUGUCCGUCGACACCUAUGUGUCAAUCAACCAGGACACUGGUUAUCUUUAUGCGCUGCGCUCAUUCGACUAUGAACAGUUGAAAGAGUUUAGCUUUAUGGUACAAGCCAAAGACUCCGGGAGCCCAGAGCUCUCCUCCAACAGCACCGUUAAUGUCAUUAUUGUAGACCAGAAUGACAACGCGCCUUCGGUGAUAGCCCCGAUCGGUAAGAACGGCACCGCCAAAGAACACCUGCCGCGCUCCGCUGAGCCGGGCUACCUGGUCACGCGGGUUGUCGCCAUGGACGCAGAUGAUGGCGAGAACGCACGGCUCUCCUACAGCAUUCUGCGUGGCAAUGAGAUGGGCAUGUUCCGCAUGGACUGGCGGACGGGGGAGCUGCGUACAGCACGCCGUGUCUUCACCAAGCGCGACCCCCAGGGCUCCUACGACCUGCUGAUUGAGGUGAGGGACCACGGACAGCCACCGCUCUCCUCCUCGGCUAGCGUGACUGUCAUCCUGGUGGAUAGUGUGAUAGAUGGACGGAGUGGAGACCGAGGAGGAUCUUCAUCCAAGUCCAAAGAGACCUCUCUGGAUCUCACCCUCAUCCUCAUCAUCGCCUUGGGUGCCGUCUCCUUCAUCUUCCUCCUGGCUAUGAUCGUGCUGGCUGUGCGCUGCCAGAAAGACAAGAAGCUGGACCUGUACACGUGCCUCAUGGCGGGGGAGUGUUGCCUGUGCUGCAGCCCGUGUUGCUCGCGCCAGGCGCACAGCAGGAAACAGAAGAAGCUCAGCAAGUCGGACAUCAUGCUGGUCCAGAGUACCAACGUCACCACCGGUGUGGGCGCUGUGGGCCAGGUGCCUGUGGAGGAGUCUGGUGUCAGCGGGGUCGGGAUGGGCGGUGGGUUCGGUUCCCAUCAUCAGAACCAGAACUCCUACUGCUACCAGGUGUGUCUGACACCGGAGAGUGCUAAAACGGACCUGAUGUUCCUCAAACCAUGCAGCCCCUCGCGCAGCACCGACACGGACCACACCACCCCCUGCGGUGCCAUUGUGGCCGGGUACAGCGACCAGCAACCGGACAUCUUAUCCAACGGGAGCAUCCUCUCCAAUGAGGUAAGGGGCUGGGGUGAGCUGCAGAGAGUCAGUGUGGUUAUUAUGUCGACUGUGGCUGGAGACAGUACCAGCCAGUCAGCCAGUGAACCAGUGGCUCGUAGUCUGGCUGCCCCUCUCUACCUGGACAUCGCGGGCGACCCCGACAGCGAGCGAGCGUUGGGGAAACAGCGUCUCUCGGUAGCCAUCGGUGUCCUGGCGGGCGCCGCCGCAGUCAUCCUGGUCAUCCUCCUAGUGGUGAUGGCCCGCCAGUGCGGCGCCCAGGGCAAGAACGGAUACGAGGCCGGGAAGAAAGAACCAGAGGAGGACUUCUUUAGCCCUCAACCGGCCGUGCCACAAACCAGGGGAGGGACGUUGGACCGCGGACGGAAGCCCCGCAGGGACAAACGGAACGCAGGCGCUGGAGGAGCCGGAGCCGGUAAUAAAACUGAACGGCCACUCUACAGCGGCAUCGUCACGGUCAACGGGCUCCGUCGCCACGGCAACGACCACCACAUCGCCGACAUCGACGAUGACGACGAGGACGUGAGCAGCGCCAGCGAGAGGUUGGCAGCGAGGUACUGCGCGGUGGACGGAGACCCCGGGAGCCCACGCAUGGGCGCCAGGCAUCACCAGUCGAGCCCAGAUCUGGCCAGGCAUUAUAAGUCAAGCUCGCCGCUCCCCGCGGUACACCUCCAGCCCUACAGCCCCCCGGCCGAGGGGAAAAAGCACCAGGCCGUACAGGAGCUGCCCCCCUCUAACACCUUCGUGGGUUCUGGAGGGUCCAGUGGUAGUGGGGGAAGUGGGAACGCUGAUGCCAUGUCUCUGGGGUCAGACCAGUGUUCUGAGUAUGGAUCCCAAACAGGGAAUAAGUACAGCAAACAGGCGACCCUGCGGAGGGUGACGUUCUCCGUGGUCCCGGGGCCUCAGGACGGUGGUUGCUAUGACAGCUCUGCAGAGGACUCUGAGACCCCCAGCAGUAAGGGUUCCUCUGGACCCCGUGUGGGGGCGCUGUCUCUCCCCGAGGAGGGGUACGAGAGGACCACACCCGAGGGAAGUGUAGGAGAGGAGGAACAUGUGGAGAACGAUGCCAGACAGCUCCCAGACGUAGCCCUGACAGGGAAGUGCACAAGGGAGUGUGAUGAGUUUGGACACUCCGACACUUGUUGGAUGCCCGCCGCUGUCCGCCCGUCGCCUCGGCAACACCAGCGCCAGCGCCACGUCAGCGAGCCGCCCCGCCUGUCCACCUUCGCCUCCCCUGGCAACGACAACAACAAUAACCAUGACGACGAUGAUGAGGAAGAUAGUGACAGCGAGAGCGCCGGCAGCGCCGGGAGUUCCGAACCGGGCGUGGUCAGCGUGGGAGUCGGCGGAGGAGGUCAGAGGUUACCGUUAGCCAAUGGGGAUCCUCUCGGCAGCCUGGUGGGCGGAGACAGGAUGAACCGGAACAUGGGCGACCACAACCGGAACCUACUCAACCGCAAGAUGACGUCAGCGUCGUACGACACGUUCAGCUCCGCCGGGUUCGGGAGACGCCAUCACGAGGAGGAUAGGGGGGGUCAGGGCAGGGUCAACCCUCCGGAGGUUAUACCAUUAACGAGGAACGGGGACUACAAGACCACGUCGUGCCUCACGCUCUCCCGUAGAGAGGUCUACCUGUAAGAGCAGGAUGGAUGGAUCAGUCCACUGCUGCUGCACCCCUUUGCUGAUGGAAUGGAACAUUCCAUCCCUGUUUGUUCUGGUGGAAUGGAACAGUCCACUUCUAGACAUUGGAAUGAAAUGGUCCAUUUCUGUUGUAGUUUUUUUGUUGAGAACUUUGACCAGCUGUGAAUAAUAACAAUAAUAACAAUAAUAACAAUAAUAACAACACCUAAAGAAGAGAGGACCGCUCAGUGGGUUUGUUUUGGAGACAAGACACCACACAACUACAGAACCACAAAAAGGACACUGGGAACUUAAACUCCAAGAAGAAACACCUAGAAGGUGUGAAUAAAAACAGAUAAAUGGUGUUAAUUAACUGAACCCCCCCCCCAAAAAAAAUACGAUUUAAUCGAAUCUGAACUUUUGGAAGCUAAAAAUGUCAUAUUUAUGUGUAUGGUGAGGAGGGAGAUGGAUCCAUGGAUCGCCUUGGGAAAGAGAGAGCAGUUCUGCUCUGGAGUCACGUACUGACUGACUUCAUCUAAUCUAAACUCUGGGUAGAAGUUUCUCUCAAAAAACAGAUCUAGGAUCAGUUUACUCUUCCCUGAAUCCUAACUUGAAGUAUUACAGGGAGCAACACAAUACUGAACUUAGAUCAGUGUCAAGUGUUAACUUCUUUCUUCUCUUUUAUAAAAAACUCUUUAAAGUGAAUCAGAUGCAUGUCUGACCUCCCACCAACAGGGGAAGCUGUGGGGGAGCUGUGGGGAGAUGGGAGAGAGAUGGAGGAACUGGGCCUGACGCCAUACACGCCUCAGGACCAAUGGGAACACUCGCUGAGGUGUAUGUGACCAAUAACAUUUGAUUUAAAGACUUAUAAUCGGUCAGAUCGGAAACUGACUAAUCGGCGAACGCGAUGAUGGGACGCCAUGGACGGUUUAACCAAUCAAACGAUAGGACCGAUGAGCCUGUCGUUAUAAAAGGAAUUUGAAUGGAUUUCAUGCUCAUCAAUCAAAUGUGAUUUAAACCUAAUCCACCAAUCAUCAUAUGGCAUUAUUGACAAGUAGCAUCGAGAUAUUAACCAACCAUACAACGAGGAUUAUCAGAAUCUAACCAAUCACGGACAAUAUAUUUUCAGUAACAACCAAUCGGAUUCUUUGGCGAAGACAAGGACUUAGGAAAAGAUAACUGAUUGAAAAAAAACCAUCAGGUAUUUUUGAAACAAAAAGCCUCGGAGGAAUGCAGACAAAUGUGACGUUUUUACAGAUCUGAGCUGGAAUCACUGGGAAUACGAGGUACCAGUAUCAGUGCCAACGUAUUCCAGCGUUUUCUAAUGGAAAAUGACAAUUUUUCUGUCUUUCUGCCUUCUCUUGCUGAGACUAGGGAAGCUAAGUUCUGGGAACGUUCACAAAACUCCAAGGUUUUUCAGAAAUCCUGGUUGGAGGAUGACGGAUUUCCUACCUAUUCCGAGGAAUCUUUUUUUUACCGGGAUUUCUGGGAAAUAAACCUGGGGGUUUUGGGGAACGUUAGCGUAAAUGUGCAACCCUAGUGGAGACUGUACAUAUGUUUAGACUGGCAGUGUUGCAGCACUGCCCUCCAUUCAUUAAGGCCAUUACAGACUACUCUACCGUGCUGACGACCAGUCACUUCAUUCAUUAUGUAUAUCAGAAUCCUCCCUCUCUCACACAAUGUAGUGAAACACACACACACACACAAUGUAGUGAAACACACACACACAAUGUAGUGAAACACACACACACAAUGUAGUGAAACACACACACACACAAUGUAGUGAAACACACACACACAAUGUAGUGAAACACACACACACAAUGUAGUGAAACACACACACACAAUGUAGUGAAACACACACACACAAUGUAGUGAAACACACACACACAAUGUAGUGAAACACACACACAACUACGCACACUCAGUGAAACCAUACACACACGACAUAGCCAUGCGACGUGCACACACACACACACACACACACACACACACACACACACACACACACACACACACACACACACACACACACACACACACACACACACACACACACACACACACACACACACACACACAAUGUAUCUACAUGCAUUUAACCAUACUUUUAACAUAUAACAUGUUGCCUCUGAAAACUAGCUUUUUGCCUGCUCCCCCCCCCCUGCCCCCCCCCUCCUCCUCAACCCCAUUUAUGUCAACAUGUAUUUAAAUAAGUAUUCAUCUUUCAACACCUUAAAGGGAUGUUUUGGUCUAUAUAGCGGCUUUACAUUAAUUAAAGGGAUGUUUAAAGGAUUCCUCUAACAGGACGUAGUAACUCAUAGGACAAACCAAAAUGUUUCGGGACAAAAAAAGAACUCGAACUCUUCUUCUUCUGCAUGAAAUAAAAACGGCUAUACGCUAAUUUGUUAUUUUUAGGGGGAGAAAACCAGACGCCUUCUUUUUGGAGAUAUUAUGCAUCUCUGAAAACAUGAUGUAUGUUUCUAUGUGUGUGUUUGUAUGUGAGGGCGAAGGAGAGAGGGAGAGAGGGAGAGAGGGAGAGAGAAGGAGAGAGGGAGAGAGGGAGAGAGGGAGAGAGAAGGAGAGAGGGAGAGAGGGAGAGAGAAGGAGAGAGGGAGAGAGGGAGAGAGGGAGAGAGAAGGAGAGAGGGAGAGAGGGAGAGAGAAGGAGAGAGGGAGAGAGAAGGAGAGAGGGAGAGAGAGCAUCAGUGUGUGAAGUCAUCACGAGGAGAGGAAGAGAGAGAAACCUUCAUCCCUCGGUGAGGUUAUUUGAGGUUAUUUGAGAUUAUUUGAGAUUAUUUGAGAUUAUUUGAGGUUAUUUGAGGUUAUUUGAGAUUAGUUGAGAUUAGUUGCUGUAGCAAUUUGAGAGAAAGUGAGAAUCUCCUCACGUUGAAGGGACGCGUGGAAGGACUGUAGAGUCCAGGGGCUACACCUUAGCAGUCUAAAGUAGCAUCCUCUCCUUGUCUCCUUUCUAAAAGGAAGCCAGAGUCGUCUACACCUUAUCAGUCUAAAGUAGCAUCAUCUCCUUGUCUCCUUCCUAAAAGGAAGCCAGAGUCGUCUACACCUUAGCAGUCUAAAGUAGCAUCAUCUCCUUGUCUCCUUUCUAAAAGGAAGCCAGAGUCGUCUACACCUUAGCAGUCUAAAGAAAGAUCACGCACCAUAUAAAUCAGUGACUUUAACUUCAGUUACACACUAACCACCUCUCAGGUAAGACUUGACACAAUGUGUACAGUAUGUCAUUUGUAAAGCAAGCCGCUGGGUUUCUACGUGAAAACAAAACCAUCAAUUCUCCCUUAGAAUUAGAAUUUAGUUCUAAUUCAAUCCCUUAGAAUUCAAUUUAGAAUUGAGUUCUAAUUCAAUCCCUUAGAAUUCGAUUUAGAAUUGAGUUCUAAUUUAAUCCCUUAGAAUUCGAUUUAGAAUUGAGUUCUAAUUCAAUCCCUUAGAAUUCGAUUAAGAAUUGAGUUCUAAUUCAAUCCCCCAGAAUGUGAGUUAGAAUUGAGUUGUAGUUCUAUGGUUCCCCGAUCUCUCUCUCUCCACUCUUCUCUAUGGUGUCACUGACCUUCUCAAACCCUCCGCCCUCUAACCUCUUGUCUCCCAACCUGCUGUCUCUGAAGCUCUGUGAUUGGUGGACUGGACUCAGCGGUGCGCUGAUGUGACAAUGGACGGAGGUUCUGUGUGGGUUCUAGUUCCAGAACGUUGGGUUCCAAGCCGGAAUGCUCGAAGGGGAUUGGUCUGUCUAUGCCAUAACCCUACCGGGUUUUCUAGCUCACCUUGAGCCACUGACAUACAGUACAUACUGUGUAGUAACCAUGACCACCCGGUCCCUGGACAUAUGGAAAUCAUGGAGCUGGAUUCCAACCCACAGGGUCUGGACUCAGGAGCUGAGUUAACCCCAACGGACCAGGAGAACUUUGCUACAAGAGACUCUGAGAACAAUGAUUUGUGUUAAUUACAAGACAGAUCUUUUCUUCCGGGAAGUCAAACUGCUGUUUUAAUGCAGAGUCUCGUACAGACAUCCUACCCUACUAGCAUACUACCCUACCUUUCCUUCCCCGGCCUGUCACAGACCUAUAGGAACAGUGUACAUGAAUCUGUGUCUGCGUACGGGAUGGCACCCUAGUCCCUAUAGAAGCCAUAUAGGGGGUCUGUCGUCAAAAGUCGGCUAAAAGUCGUGAAGUGUAUAGGGAUUAGGGUGCCAGUAGUGCACUAUGCAGGGAUUAGGGUGCGAUUUGGGAGGCUGGCAUUGUGUGGGAGUAUGUGUGUUUUAUAUACUGCACGUUUAAAGACAAUUUAAAUCACUUCUUCUUAGCCCUGUUAAAUGGGCCUGGAGAGAGAGAGGACAGGGUGAUAACAGGUCUGGAGAGAGAGAGAGAGGACAGGGUGAUAACAGGUCUGGAGAGAGAGAGAGGACCGGGUGAUAACAGGUCUGGAGAGAGAGAGAGAGAGAGGACAGGGUGAUAACAGGUCUGGAGAGAGAGAGGACAGGGUGAUAACAGGUCUGGAGAGAGAGAGAGAGGACAGGGUGAUAACAGGUCUGGAGAGAGAGAGAGGACAGGGUGAUAACAGGUCUGGAGAGAGAGAGGACAGGGUGAUAACAGGCCUGGAGAGAGAGAGAGGACAGGGUGAUAACAGGCCUGGAAAGAGAGAGAGAGAGGACAGGGUGAUAACAGGUCUGGAGAGAGAGAGAGAGAGAGAGGACAGGGUGAUAACAGGUCUGGAGAGAGAGAGAGAGAGGACAGGGUGAUAACAGGCCUGGAGAGAGAGAGAGGACUGGGUGAUAACAGGUCUGGAGAGAGAGAGAGAGGACAGGGUGAUAACAGGUCUGGAGAGAGAGAGAGGACAGGGUGAUAACAGGCCUGGAGAGAGAGAGGACAGGGUGAUAACAGGUCUGGAGAGAGAGAGAGAGAGAGGACAGGGUGAUAACAGGUCUGGAGAGAGAGAGGACAGGGUGAUAACAGGCCUGGAGAGAGAGAGAGGACAGGGUGAUAACAGGCCUGGAGAGAGAGAGAGAGGACAGGGUGAUAACAGGUUUGGAGAGAGAGAGAGAGAGGACAGGGUGAUAACAGGUCUGGAGAGAGAGAGAGAGGACAGGGUGAUAACAGGUUUGGAGAGAGCGAGAGAGGACAGGGUGAUAACAGGUCUGGAGAGAGAGAGAGGACAGGGUGAUAACAGGCCUGGAGAGAGAGAGGACAGGGUGAUAACAGGUCUGGAGAGAGAGAGAGAGAGAGGACAGGGUGAUAACAGGUCUGGAGAGAGAGAGGACAGGGUGAUAACAGGUCUGGAGAGAGAGAGAGAGGAAAGGGUGAUAACAGGCCUGGAGAGAGAGAGAGGACAGGGUGAUAACAGGUCUGGAGAGAGAGAGGACAGGGUGAUAACAGGCCUGGAGAGAGAGAGAGAGAGAGAGAGAGAGAGAGAGAGAGAGAGAGAGAGAGAGAGAGAGAGAGAGAGAGAGAGAGAGAGAGGACAGGGUGAUAACAGGCCUGGGGAGAGAGAGGACAGGGUGAUAACAGGUCUGGAGAGAGAGAGAGAGGACAGGGUGAUAACAGGUUUGGAGAGAGAGAGAGAGGACAGGGUGAUAACAGGUCUGGAGAGAGAGAGAGGACAGGGUGAUAACAGGCCUGGAGAGAGAGAGGACAGGGUGAUAACAGGUCUGGAGAGAGAGAGAGAGAGAGGACAGGGUGAUAACAGGUCUGGAGAGAGAGAGGACAGGGUGAUAACAGGUCUGGAGAGAGAGAGAGAGGACAGGGUGAUAACAGGCCUGGAGAGAGAGAGAGGACAGGGUGAUAACAGGUCUGGAGAGAGAGAGGACAGGGUGAUAACAGGCCUGGAGAGAGAGAGAGAGAGAGAGAGAGAGAGAGAGAGAGAGAGAGAGAGAGAGAGAGAGAGAGAGAGAGAGAGAGAGAGAGAGAGAGAGGACAGGGUGAUAACAGGCCUGGGGAGAGAGAGGACAGGGUGAUAACAGGUCUGGAGAGAGAGAGAGAGGACAGGGUGAUAACAGGUCUGGAGAGAGAGAGAGAGGUCAGGGUGAUAACAGGCCUGGAGAGAGAGAGGACAGGGUGAUAACAGGUCUGGAGAGAGAGAGAGGACAGGGUGAUAACAGGCCUGGAGAGAGAGAGGACAGGGUGAUAACAGGCCUGGAGAGAGAGAGGACAGGGUGAUAACAGGCCUGGAGAGAGAGAGAGAGAGAGAGAGGACAGGGUGAUAACAGGUCUGGAGAGAGAGAGAGAGGACAGGGUGAUAACAGGCCUGGAGAGAGAGAGAGGACAGGGUGAUAACAGGCCUGGAGAGAGAGAGAGAGGACAGGGUGAUAACAGGUUUGGAGAGAGAGAGAGAGAGGACAGGGUGAUAACAGGUCUGGAGAGAGAGAGAGAGGACAGGGUGAUAACAGGUUUGGAGAGAGAGAGAGAGGACAGGGUGAUAACAGGUCUGGAGAGAGAGAGGACAGGGUGAUAACAGGCCUGGAGAGAGAGAGAGGACUGGGUGAUAACAGGCCUGGAGAGAGAGAGGACAGGGUGAUAACAGGUUUGGAGAGAGAGAGAGAGAGGACAGGGUGAUAACAGGCCUGGAGAGAGAGAGAGGACAGGGUGAUAACAGGUCUGGAGAGAGAGAGAGAGGACAGGGUGAUAACAGGCCUGGAGAGAGAGAGAGAGGACAGGGUGAUAACAGGUCUGGAGAGAGAGAGAGGACAGGGUGAUAACGGGCCUGGAGAGAGAGAGGACAGGGUGAUAACAGGCCUGGAGAGAGAGAGAGAGAGAGAGAGAGAGAGGACAGGGUGAUAACAGGUCUGGAGAGAGAGAGAGAGAGGACAGGGUGAUAACAGGUCUGGAGAGAGAGAGAGAGAGGACAGGGUGAUAACAGGUCUGGAGAGAGAGAGAGAGGACAGGGUGAUAACAGGUCUGGAGAGAGAGAGAGAGGACAGGGUGAUAACAGGUCUGGAGAGAGAGAGGACAGGGUGAUAACAGGUCUGGAGAGAGAGAGAGGACAGGGUGAUAACAGGCCUGGAGAGAGAGAGGACAGGGUGAUAACAGGUCUGGAGAGAGAGAGAGGACAGGGUGAUAACAGGUCUGGAGAGAGAGAGGACAGGGUGAUAACAGGUGUGGAGAGAGAGAGAGGACAGGGUGAUAACAGGUCUGGAGAGAGAGAGAGGACAGGGUGAUAACAGGUCUGGAGAGAGAGAGAGGACAGGGUGAUAACAGGUCUGGAGAGAGAGAGAGGACAGGGUGAUAACAGGUCUGGAGAGAGAGAGAGGACAGGGUGAUAACAGGUCUGGAGAGAGAGAGAGGACAGGGUGAUAACAGGCCUGGAGAGAGAGAGGACAGGUGAUAACAGGCCUGGAGAGAGAGAGAGAGAGAGGACAGGGUGAUAACAGUUCUGGAGAGAGAGAGAGAGGACAGGGUGAUAACAGGCCUGGAGAGAGAGAGAGGACUGGGUGAUAACAGGUUUGGAGAGAGAGAGAGAGGACAGGGUGAUAACAGGUCUGGAGAGAGAGAGAGAGGACCGGGUGAUAACAGGCCUGGAGAGAGAGAGAGGACAGGGUGAUAACAGGUCUGGAGAGAGAGAGAGGACAGGGUGAUAACAGGUCUGGAGAGAGAGAGAGAGAGAGAGGACAGGGUGAUAACAGGUCUGGAGAGAGAGAGGACAGGGUGAUAACAGGCCUGGAGAGAGAGAGAGGACAGGGUGAUAACAGGCCUGGAGAGAGAGAGAGGACAGGGUGAUAACAGGUCUGGAGAGAGAGAGAGGACAGUGUGAUAACAGGCCUGGAGAGAGAGAGAGGACAGGGUGAUAACAGGCCUGGAGAGAGAGAGAGAGGACAGGGUGAUAACAGGUCUGGAGAGAGAGAGAGAGGACAGGGUGAUAACAGGUCUGGAGAGAGAGAGAGGACAGGGUGAUAACAGGUCUGGAGAGAGAGAGAGAGAGAGGACAGGGUGAUAACAGGUCUGGAGAGAGAGAGAGGACAGGGUGAUAACAGGUCUGGAGAGAGAGAGGACAGGGUGAUAACAGGUCUGGAGAGAGAUAGAGGACAGGGUGAUAACAGGUCUGGAGAGAGAGAGAGGACUGGGUGAUAACAGGUCUGGAGAGAGAGAGAGGACAGGGUGAUAACAGGUCUGGAGAGAGAGAGAGGACAGGGUGAUAACAGGUCUGGAGAGAGAGAGAGGACAGGGUGAUAGCAGGCCUGGAGAGAGAGAGAGAGGACAGGGUGAUAACAGGUCUGGAGAGAGAGAGGACAGGGUGAUAACAGGCCUGGAGAGAGAGAGAGAGGACAGGGUGAUAACAGGUCUGGGGAGAGAGAGAGAGAGUGGACAGGGUGAUAACAGGUCUGGAGAGAGAGAGAGGACAGGGUGAUAACAGGUCUGGAGAGAGAGAGGACAGGGUGAUAACAGGUUAAUGACGUCUUAAAGAGAUAUUUCCAUUCAACCGGUUUAGGACUUUAAUUUUGAAAGGUGACACCUCGGAAUGAAUCCUAAAUGUUACCCUAUAUAGUGCACUACUUAUGACCAGGACUGUGGCCAAAGUAGUGCACUAUAUAGGGAAUAGGGUGCCUUUUGAACUCCUGAUUGGUCGAUUACCUAAUAGCCAUCUAUAGAACCAUAAGAACUACCCAGUAGAACCGAGGAACCCGUAGAACACGCAGAACAGCGAACAAUGUUCAUAACAGAGAAAAAGGCAUGUUUUACCUGUUUCAAUUUUGCAUUAAAAAAAAAACUUUAAAAACUAAAAACAUUUUUUUUCCUCUUGAUUUUCUCUUUUUUUAUUAUUUAUCUGUUUGCUGCUCUAUUAUUAGCUGGGAUUCAUUAAUUAUUCAACUAAAUGCAUUUGCUAAUGAUUACGAGGAUGAGGUGUGCUUCCAGAAAUGGUACCCUAUUCCUUAUUAAGUGGACAAUAGAGGGCCCUGGUCAACAGUAGUGGACAAUAGAGGGCCCUGGUCAACAGUAAUGGACUAUAGAGGACCCCGAUCAACAGUAGUGGACUAUAGAGGGCCUUGGUCAACAGUAGUGGACUAUAGAGGGGCCUGGUUAACGGUAGUGGACUAUAGAGGGCCCUGAUCAACAGUAGUGGACUAUAGAGGGCCCUGGUCAACAUUAGUGAACUAUAGAGGGCCCUGGUCAACAGUAGUGGACUAUAGAGGGCCCUGGUCAACAGUAGUGGACUAUAGAGUGCCCUUGGCAACAGUAGUGGACUAUAGAGGGGCCUGGUCAACAGUAGUGGACUAUAGAAGGCCCUGGUCAACAUUAGUGAACUAAAGAGGGCCCUGGUCAACAGUAGUGGACUAUAGAGGGCCCUGGUCAACAGUAGUGGACUAUAGAGGGCCCUGGUCAACAGUAGUGGCUUAUAGAGGGGCCUGGUCAACAGUAGUGGACUAUAGAGGGCCCUGGUUAACAGUAGUGGACUAUAGAGGGCCCUGGUCAACAGUAGUGGACUAUAGAGGGCCCUGGUCAACAGUAGUGGACUAUAGAGGGCCCUGGUCAACAGUAGUGGACUAUAGAGGGCCCUGGUCAACAGUAGUGGACUAUAGAGGGCCCUAGUCAACAGUAGUGGACUAUAGAGGGCCCUGGUCAACAGUAGUGGACAAUAGAGGGCCCUGGUCAACAGUAGUGGACAAUAGAGGGCCCUGGUCAACAGUAGUGGACUAUAGAGGGCCCUGGUUAACAGUAGUGGACUAUAGAGGGCCCUGGUCAACAGUAGUGGACUAUAGAGGGCCCUGGUCAACAGUAAUGGACUAUAGAGGGCCCUGGUCAACAGUAGUGGACUAUAGAGGGCCCUGGUCAACAGUAGUGGACUAUAGAGGGCCCUGGUCAACAGUAGUGGACUAUAGAGGGCCCUGGUCAACAUUAGUGGACUAUAGAGGGCCCUGGUCAACAGUAGUGGACUAUAGAGGGCCCUGGUCAACAGUAGUUCACUAUAGAGGGCCCUGGUCAACAGUAGUGGACUAUAGAGGGCCCUGGUCAACAGUAGUUCACUAUAGAGGGCCCUGGUCAACAGUAGUGGACUAUAGAGGGCCCUGGUCAACAGUAGUGGACUAUAGAGGGGCCUGGUCAACAGUAGUGGACUAUAGAGGGCCCUGGUCAACAGUAGUGGACUAUAGAGGGCCCUGGUCAACAGUAGUGGACUAUAGAGGGCCCUGGUCAACAGUAGUGGACUAUAGAGGGCCCUGGUCAACAGUAGUGGACUAUAGAGGGCCCUGGUCAACAGUAGUGGACUAUAGAGGGCCCUGGUCAACAGUAGUGGACUAUAGAGGGCCCUGGUCAACAGUAGUGGACUAUAGAGGGCCCUGGUCAACAGUAGUGGACUAUAGAGGGCCCUGGUCAACAGUAGUGGACUAUAGAGGGCCCUGGUCAACAGUAGUGGACUAUAGAGGGCCCUGGUCAACAGUAGUGGACUAUAGAGGGCCCUGGUCAACAGUAGUGGACUAUAGAGGGGCCUGGUUAACGGUAGUGGACUAUAGAGGGCCCUGAUCAACAGUAGUGGACUAUAGAGGGAAAAGGGUCCCAUUUCAGUCACAGCCAAGGAGUUGUUGUUAUAGAACGGUUUCAUGAUGAUGAUGAUGAUGAUGGUGUGUAAAAGUUUGACUUUGACAUUAAAAGCUCCUUGAAACAUUUUAAAA